UAUCUAUUGGUAUUUGUUUCACGCUUAUUACAAUUUAUCAACAAAGAAAGAAAGCUACAUUUUUAUAUGGUGCAUAACAUAUGAGGCAAAGGUGGUACAAAUCAACGCAGUAGUGAUGUGAAUUUGACAGUGACUUUAUAAUAAAAGUCAUAAUGGCUGGUGCUGCGCCAACAGAGAAACCAUAUUACGAUGUAAACGAAGCUGGGGCUUUGUUUGAACAGUUUAUGAAGGACAAUAACAGGAACUACAAGGAUGAGGAGGACAAGAGGGUACAUUACGAAGCCUUCAAAGCCAAUUUGGUAAAAAUUAAUGAAUUGAACGCGAAGAGCGACUCAGCGACGUUUGGAAUUAAUAAAUUUGCUGAUUACACCGAAAGUGAGAGGAAAAAUAUGUUUGGAUUGAGGUUGCCAAGCAGUCACUGAAUCACUAGCAAUGGUAUAGCAAGUUUUGACUGCAACAAAGAAUUUUGGGAGGAUGAAGUUUUCUAUAAUAUUAAGUAUUUGAAUUUAUUAUUUGAGUCUCAUGUUAAUUUAAUGUAAACUAAAUUAAAAUUUAUUUCAUUGGAA